UUUCGAGACGAGGCGGCAAGACGACCUCAGAAGCAAAGCCCUCCUCCUUCGGGCCCCCCAUCCCAAUUUCUGCUGGGAGCUCUGCCGGGAAUUCAGAGCCUACCCGGCGCGGACCCGGAAGCUGGGAGGCGGCGGUGCCGGUGGGUGCCGCAGAGGACGAGGUUUCAAGAUGCUGCGAGGACAUAGGACCAAAGUGGGCAGGCUGGGGCUCAGCCUCUCCAAAGGGGUUCACCACCGAGCUGUGAUGGCCCUGAGGAGGGAGGAUGUGAACGCCUGGGAGAGGAGGGCCCCACUGGCUCCCCGGCACAUCAAAGGGAUCACCAACCUGGGAUACAAGGUCUUAAUACAGCCUUCCAAUCGGCGGGCCAUUCAUGAUAAGGAAUAUGUCAAAGCUGGUGGCAUUCUUCAAGAGGAUAUUUCUGAAGCUUGUCUAAUUUUGGGAGUUAAAAGACCCCCGGAGGAAAAGUUAAUGUCCAAGAAGACUUAUGCAUUUUUCUCACACACAAUAAAGGCUCAGGCGGCCAAUAUGGGCUUGUUGGAUGAGAUUCUAAAACAGGAAAUCCGACUUAUUGAUUAUGAGAAAAUGGUGGAUCAUAGAGGAGUACGGGUAGUGGCAUUUGGACAGUGGGCAGGUGUGGCAGGAAUGAUCAACAUUUUACAUGGAAUGGGUUUAAGGCUCCUUGCUUUGGGACAUCACACACCUUUUAUGCACAUUGGCAUGGCUCACAACUAUAGGAACAGCAGUCAGGCUGUUCAAGCUGUCCGUGACGCUGGUUAUGAAGUAUCUCUGGGUUUGAUGCCAAAGUCAAUAGGGCCCUUAACGUUUGUGUUUACAGGGACUGGUAAUGUAUCUAAGGGAGCCCAGGAAAUCUUCAAUGAAUUACCUUGUGAAUAUGUGGAGCCACAUGAAUUAAAAGAAGUUUCCCAAGCUGGAGACUUGAGAAAAGUGUAUGGGACGGUGUUAAGUCGCCAUCAUCAUCUUGUCAGGAAAGCAGAUGGUGUAUAUGAUCCUGUAGAGUAUGACAAAUAUCCUGAGCGCUACAUAAGUCGUUUUAAUACUGAUAUUGCACCCUAUACAACUUGUUUAAUUAAUGGAAUCUACUGGGAACAAAACACCCCCCGUCUACUAACUCGCCAAGAUGCUCAGAGUCUCCUGGCUCCAGGCAAGUCCUCGGUUGCUGGUGUUGAAGGCUGCCCUGCGUUGCCACACAAGCUUGUGGCAAUAUGUGACAUCUCAGCCGACACAGGAGGAUCCAUAGAGUUUAUGACUGAGUGUACAACAAUAGAGCGUCCCUUUUGCAUGUAUGAUGCAGACCAACAUAUUAUUCACGACAGUGUUGAAGGGUCUGGGAUUCUGAUGUGUUCCAUUGACAAUCUGCCGGCACAGCUCCCAAUUGAAGCUACAGAAUACUUUGGAGACAUGCUUUUCCCUUACGUGGAAGAAAUGAUAUUGUCAGAUGCAACUCAGCCUCUUGAAAGUCAGAAUUUUUCUCCUGUGGUGCGAGAUGCAGUGAUUACAUCCAAUGGUAUGUUGCCUGAUAAGUAUAAAUAUAUCCAGAAACUCCGAGAGAGCAGGGAACAUGCUCAGUCACUUUCAAUGGGCACCAAGAAAAAGGUCUUGGUUCUUGGAACUGGUUAUGUAUCUGAGCCUGUAUUGGAAUACCUGUCGAGAGAUGACAAUAUAGAAAUAACAGUAGGCUCUGACCUGAAGAAUCAAAUUGAGCAGUUAGGCAAGAAAUAUAAAAUUAAUUCUGUCAUCAUGGACAUUGGUAAACAAGAGAAGGAGUUGGGCUCCUUGGUGGCAAUGCAGGAUCUCGUCAUUAGCUUGCUGCCGUAUGUAUUGCACCCUCUUGUGGCCAAGGCCUGCAUCACAAGCAAAGUUAACAUGAUCACUGCAAGUUACAUCACUCCAGCAUUAAAAGAAUUGCAAAAGAGUGUGGAAGAUGCUGGCAUCACAGUCAUUGGUGAAUUGGGGUUGGACCCUGGUCUCGAUCAUAUGUUGGCAAAGGAAACAAUAGAUAAGGCCAGAGAAGUGGGAGCCACGAUUGAAUCUUAUAUUUCCUACUGUGGUGGUCUUCCAGCCCCUGAAUAUUCAGACAAUCCUUUGAGAUACAAAUUUAGCUGGAGUCCAGUGGGCGUCCUGAUGAACGUAAUGCAGCCUGCCACCUAUCUGCUCAAUGGAAAGGUCGUGAAUGCUGCCGGUGGGGUCUCCUUUCUUGAUGCUGUUACUCCCAUGGAUUACUUCCCGGGACUGAAUUUGGAGGGCUAUCCUAACAGAGACAGUACAAGAUAUGCUGAGAUUUAUGGCAUUCCGUCUGCUCACACUUUGUUGCGGGGGACACUGAGAUACAAGGGAUAUGCAAAAGCCUUGAAUGGAUUUGUAAAAUUGGGUCUUAUUAACAGAGAUGCAUUUCCUGCCCUUCAACCUGAGGCCAGCUCUCUCACCUGGAAAGAACUCCUCUGUGGUCUAGUUGGCAUUUCACCCUCCUCCAAGCACGAUGUGCUUAAGGAAGCUGUCCUUAAGAAACUAGGAGGUGACAAUACCCAGCUGGAGGCUGCUGAAUGGUUGGGCUUGCUUGGUGAUGAACAAGUCCCUCGGGCAGAGUCUAUAGUGGAUGCACUCUCCAAGCAUUUGUCCAUGAAACUCUCCUAUGGCCCUGGAGAGAAAGAUAUGAUUGUGAUGAGAGACAGCUUUGGAAUCAGGCAUCCUUCUGGACAUUUAGAAAAUAAAACGAUUGAUCUUGUGGUUUAUGGGGAUGUCAAUGGCUUUUCAGCUAUGGCUAAAACCGUGGGGUUACCCACCGCUAUGGCAGCCAGGAUGUUGCUCGAUGGUGAAAUUCAAGCUAAAGGCCUGAUGGGGCCCUUUUCAAAAGAGAUCUAUGGCCCAAUAUUGGAACGAAUUAAAGUGGAAGGCAUUACAUACACUACGAGGAGCACUGUCACAUCAUAAUUGAGGAUUGUAUUUUGUUCUUAUCUUCCUGGGCAAUGCAGCUCUGGACAUUUGUGCAACAAACACGCUUGCUAAUGUGCUGUUUUAAAUUAUAAAGCGUGACAUGUUUUUAUUCAGUCAAUAUAAUGUUGUUUUUGAAAUAUAAACCUCUAUUUUAAUAUGAAAACAUUUGGAACAGGAGAUGCCAAUGAUUAUCAGAGAACUUUAAUAAUUCUACAUAUAUUUUUUUCAUGUGUAUGUAAAGAGUGAUAAUGAUUGUGCUAUUUGUUAAUUUAUUGUAUAACCUUUUUCUUACAAAAAUAUAUUUUCCUAUGAUCAGGAGAUCGUUUGAUCUAAAUUUUUACUACGAAGAAAUUUUCUCAUGUGGCUAUAUUUUGUACUUCUCAAAUUGAUUCAUUUAGGUACUUUUAGAUCACCUAUCUAUAAACCUUUGUAGUAAUGCCAUUUUUAUGCCUUUUUUGUAAAAUUAUGACUUAUUUAGUAAAUGACAUUUCUUAUAGUUUUCUCUUGAGUGUUUGCAAAAAGGAAUAGGUAAAAUUAAAUAAAAACCCAUAUGAUUAUCUCAACAGGCACAGAAAAAGCAUUUAACAAAUUUCAAAAUCUUUCAUGAAAAACACUCAAUAAACUAGGAAUAAAAUAGAACUUCUUCAACCCAAUAUAGAGCAUCUCUGAAAAACCUAUAACUAGCCUCAUACUUAAUGAUGAAAGACAGAAAGGUUUUACCUCUAAAAUCUACACAAGACAAGGAUGUCUGCUUUUGCUACUUCAGCUUGUACUGGAAAGUCUAGCCUGAGUGAUUAGGAUAUAAAAUGAAAUAAAAGACACUCAGAUUGGAAAGGAGGAAGUAAAGCUCUCUCUCUUCAUAGAUGAUAUGAUUUCACAUAUCAAAAAUACAAAAUUGCUCUAAGAAAACAUUAGAAAUAACACAUAUUAAAAUAGAGAUUUAUAUUUCAAAUCAAAAUCAAUUUUGCUAUCUUAAUCUAAGAGAACAAAUUUGCAAUAAUGUGAAAAAGAAUAAAAUAGGAAUAGGCUGAAAACACAGAAAUAAUCCUCACAUUUAUGGUUAACUGAAUGUUGAACAGGGCGUUAAAACAAUUCAGUGGAAGAAAAUGAUCUUCGUGAUGGUGCUGGAACAACAGGAUAUCUACAUGCAAAAGAAUUAAGUUGGAUCCCAACUUCACGGCACAUAUAAAAAUUAAAUCAAAAUGGACCAAAGACCUAAAUUUAAGAGCAAACCUGAUAAAGCUUUUAGAAGAAAUCAUAAGCAUACAUUUUCACAAUCUUGGAUAAGGCAAUGAUUUAAAAUGAAACCAAAAGUUACUAAGCAACAAAAAGAAAAAAAAAACCCUUCAUAAUUAAAAACUUCUGUUUUGUUCCAAGGAUCAAGAAAGCAAAAGACAACAUACAGAGUGAGAAAUUUUUUUUGCAAAUCAUAUUAUCAGGUAAAGGAGGAACUUGUAUUUAGAAUAUAUAAAUAACUACUGUUAAUAUAAGGACAAAAAGUCCAAUUCAAAAAAAUGGACAAAGGAUCUGAAUUGACAGCUCUCCAAAGAAGAUACACAAAAGGCCAAUUAGCACAUGAAAAGAUGCUCAAACAUCAUAAGUUGUUGGGGAAAUGCAAAUCAAACCUACAAUGGAGUACCACUUCAUACUCGGCAGGAUACUUCUAAAUAAUGAAAAAGAUGAUCUGUGUUGGUGAAGAUGUGGAGAAAUUGGAGCCUUCAUAAACUGUUGUGGAAAUGUAAAAUGGUACAGCUGCUUGGGAAAAUAGCAAUUCUUCAAACGGUUAAACAUAGAGUUAUCAUAUGACCCAGCAAUGUCACUCUUAGCAAUAGACCCUAGAGAAAUGAAAACAUGUGCACACACAAAAACUAGUAAACAAAUGUUCAUAACAGCAUAAUUCAUAAUAGCCAAAAAUCAUAACAAGUCAAAUAUCUAUCAAGUAAUAAAUGAAAAACAAAACGUGGCAUAUUCUAAAAUAGAGUAUUAUUUGGAGGUCAAAAUGGAAUAAAGUACAGAUACAUGCACAACAUGGAUGAAUCUUGAAAACAUUAUGCUAAGUGAAAGAAGCCAGACUGAAAAGGCCACAUAUUGUAUGAUUUCAUUUAUGUGAAAUUGUCUGGAAUAGUCAAAUCUAUGUAUACAAAGUAGAUUAGUGGUUGCCUAGGCCUAGGGAGCUUGGGGGAAAUGGGAGUGACUGCUAAUGAGUUUGGGGUUUCUUUUUGGGGUGAAGAGAAUGUUGUAGAGUUGUUUGUGGCAAUGGUGUCAUAACUCUGUGAAUAUCGUAGAAUAAUCACUGAACUGUAUACUUGGAAUGUGAAUUGUAUGGGAUUGAAUUAUAUUUCAAGUUGUUACAUAAAAAGUUUACAUUAUAAAUAAAACUUCUUUUAAUCCUAGGGAUAAAGCAUUUCCCUUUAGAGAUAUAAACUAAAUACCUGUUGAACUUUCUCAGACUGAGUGCCUAUACUGGAAUAGGAAACUAAUUCUGCCCUUGAAAUAAGCAGGUAUUAUAUGUGGGGUAUAUGACAGUUGAGAAAAUAUCUAUGUUAUUUGAAAAGGAUCAGUUGAUUAAGGCCUAGUCCCACUUGUCACAAAUAAUAGAUGGAGAUCAAUAAUCCAUUAACAUGUAAAGAUAUUUCUGUUAUGGCAGUUUUUUCUUUUUCUUUUUUUCCAAAACAUUGAAUUCAACACAAUAAAUACAACAGUGUUACUGAGACCGGGAGGGACCUUGGGUUUAGGCAGAGUAGGGUGAGCACCUCUGGAAAAAAAAAGCAAGGCAAGAUAAUUACAGUCAAAACAAUGUAACAAUGUGCAAAGAAGUCCCUGUGGAAACUCUGUGUUAAGCAUUAUGCAAAAUCAGAGUCACACUAAUUCUCUAGGAUAAACCAGACUAGAAUACAGACAUUCUUCAGUAAGUCAAAAGGCCAGGAGUAACUUGGCCUAGAAUGUUUGAGUGUUUCACAAAUAAAGAAGAGUAUCUCAGCAUAACCUGUGACUUCACAGUAUCAGAUCAUGAUGCUGUAAAAUUUGCCUUAGCCUGCUAAAAGGCCCAGCUUAUUUUUAACUACCUAUGUGCUGUUUUUUCAUUCUGUAAUCCUAAUCAAUCUGCAACCUAGGCAAAAGACUAAUUUGGCAAGCAGUCUCAACUAUAAACAUCCCAAGCAAGCAGACAGCAACCCAGCCCACUUUGGGGGUGGGGCAGGCAGUCUUACAAGUCUGCACCCCUAGCCCUGCCCUUUACCCCCACUCCUGAAAAUCCUCAACUGCGCAUAAAACCCCUAGACAAUGACACAACCAUAGACUCUUGUCUAUGAGCCAGGAGCUCUGUCCUCUCACUUUAUCUCUAAAUAAAAGUCUCUGCUUUACUCUCCUA